AUGUCCAUAUCUCUAGAAUACACGUUCAAUGCUAACGAUGAUAUCUGCUGGGCAGUUGCUGUUCAACCUCAGCUUCAUCUCAUGGCUACAGUCUCUGCGGACAAAACAUGCAAGAUCUUCGAUUUGAGGACUAGAAAACUAGUGGCCACUUUGGCGGACGACACUCAUUCAAAGACGACGAGAUGUGUUUCUUUCAAGCCAUCUACAGAGUUUCCUACGGUUGCAGUAGGUUCGUUUGAUGCUACAGUUAGUAUUUGGGGAAGGGAUUUGAUGGAGGAGAAGAAUGCUCAACGUGACGAAGAUACAGAGAAAGAUUUCAAUAGCGAUUCAAAGUCCGAAAUAGUGGGAGAUAAUGGAUGGGAGUUGUUGGCCAUCAUUGAAGGACAUGAAAAUGAGGUGAAAUCUGUGGAUUGGUCCUACGAUGGGAAGUAUUUGGCUACGUGUUCCAGGGAUAAGAGUGCCUGGAUAUGGGAGACGGAUGAUACCAAUGAAGAGUUUGAAUGCAUUAACGUUAUACAGGAGCACGAACAGGAUAUCAAGGAGGUCAAAUGGCACCCUUCACUGAAUUUGUUGGCCACAUCGUCCUAUGACGAGACAUGUCGGAUAUUUCGUCAGGACACUUACGAUGAGGAUGAUUGGAUUUGUGUUGCGAAGCUCACAGAUGCCAAAGGUACGGUAUGGUGCAGUGACUUUGAAAAAGACUCGAAGAAGAAUGUGGUUAGGUUACCAGCUGCGGAUGUGACGGAAGAGUCGUCGUUUAUCAAGAAGAAGGAGAUAAGAGUGGGAAAUGGACAGUUUUAG